CAGUGUUUUGCCUCACCUCCUGAGCAAGUGAUAGGCGUACAGGAGGAGAAGUUUUCUAGUUUCACCUUCUCCUCUUCGUCAUGGAGGCUCAGGCACAUUUCUCCAAGGAGGAAAUCAACAGCACGGUGUGGGAAGUCCCGGAGAAAUACACACGGCUCAAACAGAUAGGCACCGGGGCGUACGGCUCCGUGUGCUCAGCAAUAAAUGAGAAGACUAAAGAGAAGGUGGCCCUUAAGAAGCUCCACAGGCCUUUUCAGUCAGAGAUCUUUGCUAAGAGGGCCUACAGAGAGCUCCGACUACUCAAACACAUGAAGCAUGAAAAUGUGAUAGGACUUCUCGAUGUGUUUACUCCUGCUACAAGCCUUGAUGACUUCCAGGACUUCUACCUGGUGAUGCCUUACAUGUUUACCGACCUGUCAAAGGUGAAAGGACAUCUCUCAGAGGACAAAGUCCAGUUUCUCGUCUACCAGAUGCUCUGUGGACUCAGGUACAUCCACAAGGCUGGAAUCAUCCACAGGGAUCUGAAGCCUGGAAACUUGGCAGUGAACCAAGACUGUGAACUGAAGAUCCUUGACUUUGGGCUGGCUCGCAGCACAGACGCAGAGAUGACAGGCUACGUGGUGACCCGUUGGUACCGGGCCCCUGAGGUCAUUCUGAACUGGAUGCACUACACCCAGACUGUGGACAUCUGGUCUGUGGGCUGUAUCAUGGCUGAAAUGAUCAAUGGAAAAACCCUUUUCAAAGGCAAAGACUACAUGGACCAGCUGACUCAGAUCAUGAAAGUGACGGGGGUACCUGGGUCAGAGUUCAUACAGAAGCUGGACAGUCCAGAGGCCAAAACAUACAUAAAGGCACUCCCUCGUUAUCCAAGAAAGGACUUCUCUACGUUGUUUCCUAGAGCCAGUUCAAAGGGUAUCGACCUGCUGGAGAAGAUGCUGGUUCUGGACGGAGAUGAGAGACCCACAGCUGAACUCGCUCUAGAGCACCCAUAUUUCGACAGUCUGAGAGACCCAGAUGACUUUCCUGAGCCCACGCCAUACGAUGACAGCCAUGACAAUGCCACAUUGUCCUUGGAGGAGUGGAAGCGGUUAUGUUUCAAAGAGGUGAAAAGCUUUGUUCCAUUCCCACGGAGGGACUCCAAGAGGAAAAACACUCUGACUAUGUCUCCAUGAUGGGAUCGGAUGAUGAUGAUGAUGAUGAUGCCUGUCUUGUAACUGUACAGCCAAUGGUGCCCUUGUAUAUUAAAACCUUGGAUUCACUCCAUUUCUUUUGCUCUGGUUAUGUUUCAAUUAUGAACCAGUGUUCAAUAGAGUGGUUAUUUUAAAACUACAUUUUACUGUGCAGUUAUGUCCUGAAUGUAGAUUAUCCUAAUGUUACAAACUGGAUUUUCUUGUAAAUGUAUUUUGACCCAAUGUCAGAGAAUUUACUGUAAGAUAUAUUGAAUUAUUGCUUUUCCAAUUAAAUGAUGA